AUGACAGAUGCAUCGUCGCAAGUGAACUCGCAUCUCACACCUCAAGAGCAGGAAGGAGCUGGACAAGAUGUUGACGCUCGGCCUACGAAGCGUGCUCGACGCGAGUCGCAGGAUCGGCAACGUCGCGAGAUUGGCCUCAUGAGGCAGAGCGAUGGCGCAAAUGCACCAAGUUUUGUAGGCAGCUCGAGCGGCAUUCAUUUUGUUCGCUCCGUGUAUCAGGCAUUGACCAAGUCACGAGUGCAAUUGCCGCCUCAGACUCCAAAUCAGAAUAUGGUGCCUGGCGAAGAAGACCAACUUGACGAAGCGACACCUUAUAGCUCAAAAAGGCUAUGGUCUCCCACCGAGAUUGAUGAAGCCUUGGAGGGUAGUCCGAGUCUUGAUUUUGAGGACUUACAAACGUGGAGCGAGAGUUACUUCGAGAAUUGGCAUACUGCUUAUCCUUUCAUUCAUGCGCCGACCAUACUCGAAUAUCUGGAGCAAGACGUCAGCUCUAAUACUUUUGCGAAUCUGCGUAAGCAGCAUCCGUCACGCUUCAUCAUCGUUCGCUCCAUCAUGUCAAUCUCUCUGGCCGACCGCAAGCAGUCUGGCUAUGCCACUGAGCGCAAAAUUUUUGCUGCCCUCGUCUUUACGUCAUUCAAAGAAGCCAUGGAGAGCGUUCAGGAUAUGCUGUUUAUGCCAUCUACCAUUGAAUCACUGCAAGCUGUUCUCUCGGUACAACUCUUCUUGGUUUCGAUGCUACGUCUGAAUGGUGCUUCAAAACUUGGUGGCAUGAUUGUACGCAUGGCCUUUCAGCUGGGGUUGCAUCGAUGUGCGAAAAGGUAUCAUGGAUUCGACACGGAGCAAGCUGAGCUUCGCCGCCGACUAUUCUGGACAAUUUACUGUAUUGACCGCCAUCUCUGUCAAUCUCUGGGGUUGCCCUUGACUAUUCGCGACGACGACGUGGAUGUCUGCUACUUUGACGAAGAGAAGCACGCGCCGCCUCAUUCACGUCGAAUGGUCAUGGAUGACCGCCUCAGAAUGCUGAAUUUCCUUACCAAGCACGCUUCAAUCAAGGGUCAAAUCAUGGAGCUCCGCAAUAAAUCCAUCCACCAACGUUCGGCCAGUCGAGAUCUUGCUACAUCCAUCGCAGCGAACAUUGAGAAAUGGGCAAACGACCUGCAAUACACGCUGGAAGCUGCCAAGUACAAUGAGGCUGACGACUUCAACAAGCUACAUGAAGUCGUUCUCUCAGUCUUGCAGCAUGAGUCGGUCAUCUCCCUCAAUCGACCUCUGCUGGCAUUGGAGAAGCACUCGCCAGAAUAUAUGGCAGCUCUUCAGACGUGUAUACGUGCAUCUAGGUCUAUCAUCUCACGACUGCACGAUUACCUCAUAGCCACGCCAUACUCAUCUGUUCUGCAGCCACCUCUACUGUGGCCGUCUUUGACCUGGUGUGUCUGGAUGAGCGCUUUUAUUGUGCUUCACGCCGCGAUUGAAGGCGAGAUGCCGAAGCCGGUCGCGAGAAGGCUUGCAGAUCAAAGUGUCGAGAUUCUUAGACAUCUUGCACUCAGAGGUAGUGUAUGGCCAAACGUCUGCGCCGUCGCCAUCAACGACUUGUUCUUGCGCCUACUUCUCGACUCCGCUGCUCCAACACCGCAGUCACCGCUUGCAGAUACACACUCUAAUUUGCCCCAUGUCUUGAACUCGGCAGCACAAAAUGAGCAGAGUAACUUGUUCAACCAUGCUGCCAAUGUCACUGGACCUUCGCCAUCAAACUUCGAGCCGCACUUGGCUAUACCGUGGUUGACCGGAUCAGACGCUGCAGCAGCUACUAGCAAUAACAUUUUCGAGCAGUUUGAUAUCCCUUUUUGGAUGGGAGAUGAUCAAUACACAUCGCUUAUGAACUUUGAUCUCUGA